GAGUAGAUUUGUGUAUUCCAUAUCAGGAGAUUGAUUUACAUGCCGUGUUAGUGGUGCUGUUCUCCCUGCCACACAUUUAAUGUAGCAGGAGAUGACAGUGUGCUUUCCUUUUACCCUGGGAGAGCUGGGUGCUUGGACACCCUUGCUGCUGCGGUUAUUGGUAGCUGAGAUCUUUUCCCAGAGCUUGGGCUGGAGAACAAGCUGGUUUGAAGCCUCUUAGGAAGGUGCCAGAACGGUGCAUUUUCAAUAGAGCGUGAGCUGCAUCUGUAGCUUGAGAAAGGUUUGCACUCUCAAAUGGUAGCAGUGGGCUUCUGCUGCAGGACAGGCAGCCCGACCUCAUGGAGUGGUCAGAGCAAUCCUGCAAUCCUCACUUGAGUAACAGUUUGGGAAUGAGUGGCAGUACUGAAUUCUGAUCUUGGGCGGGAGCUGAGGUAAUACUGUAUUGGCUAUGAUACUGUUUGUCUGGUGUCAGCACAAGAGGGAGAAGCUUUGUUGUAGUGUCCAAUCUAAAGCACAUAUUUUAAGAUGAAUUGAUUGGACCAGACUUUACAAAUAAUCCUAGCUUCUAGUAAAUAACCUUUGGGCUCUCUAGGUCAGAGCCUUGAUAUUUGGAAACGUCUUUAAAACCAAAUGUAUCUUUAUCCCUUCUUCAUUGAGGUGAUUGAACCUGAUAAUAACACAGUGGUCUGAGGUGAUAUCAAGAGGGGAAUGUGUUAGGACACAACUGAGUUGUCAGCUGGGAAGCUCACAGGGGUAUGGAAGGUUUCAGAUUCCCUGAGAUCUUUUCCAGUUUGCUAGACAAGGAUGGAGGUGGGAAGGGACCCCAGGGAACUGGAGGGAGAGGAGAGGCACUGAGUGUGAGCAGAUUUUGUUGCAGAUUGGUCUUGCAAGGCUGGUCAGGGGUGGAUCAGGAGAGUGCCCUCAGACCCUACACUGAUGCCUUGUGCUCGCUGCAGGACUUGGGGGCUCAGCCAGGCAGCAGCUGGGAGCAGUUCGUUGCUCCCCACUUCUCUAGCAGUCAGCAGCCCCUUCCUCAGAUCCCUGGCACCCCAAACCUUUUGGGAGAAGGGCAGGUGUUUUGUAUAGUAACAAUGGAAUUGCACUGAUGACAUGAUUAUGGAUGUGAUGAAACAGACAUUAUUCAAAUUCACCACCAGGAAUGUAAUAAACUACAAUUUAAACUUACUAGAAACUGGCAUGUUUCUGGUCAGGGUUUGGAAAACGUUCUGCCCAUGCUGUUAGCUUUAGUAUCUGCAAAGACCUUGGUGUGAGCAGAGGAAGUGCUUUUCUCUGAGCUCCAAAACUACAGGCCAUUUUUGUUCUAGAGGCUGGUCAGGGAAAGAAAUAGCUCAUGGCAAGUGCCAGAGCCAGGUCUGCCUUCCUCCUUCUGAACCAGACUGGGUUUGCAUUUCAGACAAAUGCUUCAAGUAUAAGAGAAGCAGAAAGUCUAAUAGCAACUGCCUUAAUCAGCUGGGGUUGUGCUCCGGGGGGCUGAGCAUCUGGAGGAGGUACGACGUUCAGGGUGGUGCUGCCACCUUCCGCUCUCUGACCUUUAAGACAGACUGCCAUUUAUCUGCUGGGUUUCUGUGUAAAAAAACUUAGAACAUUUCCACAAGAAAUCUGAGCUGUGAAAUGACACUUUUGCUCUGCAGCUCAGUAGUCUGCAGGGCAGACUGUAGGCACAGGGCAGCUGCUUAACAGCUCCGUAACUCUCAGCAGAAUAAUGAAAACCUGUGAGGCUCAAGAAUGUGCAGAGUAGCCUGCUGUUAGCAGUGUUAGCACUGGCAGUAAGGAGAAACAAAGAGCAAGGUUUCUCUGGAGUCUGUCAGUAGGGUCUGCAGCAUGCACAAAUUUCAUCUUGUGCAUCUUCAGUCUCUACUGCCACUUUUCAGUAGUGAUUAGUCACCAGACAUCUUCAAAUGUAAAUAAGAAUAUUUUACUGUAAGAAUAGAGCUGUAGCACCACUUACAUCAUAUUAGAAAGCUUCUAAUGAAUUUAAAGAAAAUAUAAUUUUGACUAGAAGUUUACGGAAACAAUAAGAAACGAUCAGCCACAGAGGUGAGCAGUGUUGUACUUGAUUCUUGAUGGGGUUUAGGAGAGAUGCUAAAAGAUCUGUAUAGAAUAAGAAACUCCUAUUCGUAGCUAAAAAUUAAAUAAGGCCUAGUUCUUAAAUUUAACAGGCUCUAGCAAAAAUUUGACUGUAUUAGUUUGAAAUACUAGGAUAAUAAGUUAGUUAUUAUAGCAGUUAAUUCCACAGAAGGGACAGAAUGAGAAAAAUAAUCUCCAAAAGCAGGAAAGUACAACAGGAUCCACUCUCCCAUGUGAUUCUGCAACUCUUUCAUGGCUAAACCUUGGACUUCCUCUCAGCUGAGCCAAAGGCAAAAUGGCUGCUCUCUUGUGAUCUCCCAGGAUAAGAGGGUGUUACUCAUUCAGUGAGAGUGUGGAGGGUUAGGAGAGUGUACUUAUUACUUGUUGCUUUUCCCUUCUCUUUCUCUCUCAAAGGUGUUCAGAGUUUAACAACAGAAAGGUAUCUCUUAACUAGCUGUAGCCUGCAAAAUGCAGCUGGCAGGGAAGCGUAAUCUUCCCUCAGUUACUCGUACUUUGCAGUCUCACAACAAUUGUUUAAGCAGAAUUUAUUUAAAGAAAAAAAGUAGCAACUAAGUAAAUGCACAGAAAGGACUAAUUUAAGCAACCCUCUGGAUAAAAGCAGGGUAGGGCAAGACGUGUCACAGGAGUGUUUUAAUCUGUCAGAAAUGUGAUGAUUAAACGAGCAAUUACUGCUCUGAAUAUGUACCAGCACUGGGCCCCUCCUACGCUCACAUAGGAGUAUUUCUACAUUUCUUAUGCAACCUGCCUGUGUGACAGAGCUGCACACACACUGUUCCCAAUUAGUGUCAAGCAAAGAGCUGCUCUCGUGUCUAUAAAUCUCUCCUGGAAGUGAUCUUUCCAGCAUACACUCACCACUUCACCAUUAACCUAACUCAGAGGACAGGUCCCAACAAAGGGCAAAGUAAACACAUGUAAUACAUGAUAAAGCAAUCUAAUUAAUUAGAUAAUAUUCUCCCAGCAGAAACAGAUGGGACAGUAUUAGCUACUUUAAGUGUUAAACAUAACAUGUAAUUACAUAUAUCAGGGUAGUUGGGACAAAGCACUUGAAUGGGUACUUGUGGAAAACUAGUGAAACUACCUGCUUUAAAAACCCCCAAUCAAUCAAAAAAAAGAACCCAACUGUCAAAGGAAAAACUCAAUAUGCACCUACUACAGGAAGUACAAAUUACUUUCUCUGGGUCCCAGUAUCCCCAGAAGCAUCAGUACGUGGAGAUGAGAGCAGAGGGAGUGUGCACAACCUGCUCUGCACACUGUACCAGGGUGAAGCCGUUAGCUUAAUUUGACAAACACCUCAAUGUGAUUAUAUGUAAGAGAACUUUUGUACCUGGCAGAGGUUCAGGUGGAAAUCUAUCUCAGGGUGCAUGGUGCGGCCUGAGAGACCCCUGGUCAUAGUGGAAGGAAAAGCUAGGCUGGGGAGGUUUGCUUAGGAAAUACUAGUAUUUUCUUUGUCUCAUUUGAUGUAGGUAUUGGAGUUCCUGUCUGAUGCUAACCAGAGCAGCUUGUGGGGGGGGUUGGGGAAAUGGAGCAUGCCCAGGGGCUGAGGGCUGGCCCAAGCAGGGUGGACCUGGGAGUGAAUGGUAAACUGAGGAGCAGUAAACUGCCCCUUGCAACUUGGGUGGCUCCUGGCAUUCAGUAGAGGCUGCUCCACCUUGUUCUUACCCCAACCACCUGCAAACACAGCAGGAGAUCAUGCUGGACCUACCCUGCUGGCAAUGCUCAGUUCCUGAUGAGUGUGAUAUGAAACCCACCCAUCUCCUUGCUCCCUGCACUGCAUUCCCUGGGCCAGGGUACACUGGGCAGGGGGGCAGCAUGCCCAGGCCUCCAGACUGCCAUCAUGGCAUGCCCAUGGGCCCAGACCUCCUGCCUCAGCAGGGGCAGUGCUGGAGCAGCCGCAGGCAGGGCUGGGGGUCCCAGCUAGUCUGGGCUGCUGAGUCAGUGCGGGAGGCCGUCCAGCUCCUCCACCCCACACCAGCAGGAUCAGCCCUCGGCUGCUUCAGCAGAGCUUGGGGACACGGAAAGCACUCAGCUCCUCCUGCCACAUCUGGAGCGUGACUGCCAGUGGGCAGAGGACGAUGUGGAACUGCCGCUCUCCCUGUGAGUCAGGAUGGGCCACGUGAGGCCUCAGCGCUGGCCCUGACGCCUGCCCGCCCGCCAUCACGUGCCUGCCCCGGGAUCCUGAACUGCCACACAGCCCUGCAGAGCUUUCCAACGGCUACAGAGAAGAGCACACGGUGCAUAAGGAGAAAUAGAAACCAGGAAGGCAGGCAGAUGAAGAGCAGAGUUAUCUUGCUGGUGGUAUUGCCCAAGGAGACUGGAGUAGGAGCGGUUUCAAACUGAGCUGGCACGGAUCAGUUUUUGUUGUCUUGCUGGAAGAAGCUACCAGCUUUCUCCAUAGCUGCAGCCCUCGAGGACGUCUUCUGUGGAACCAACUGCUAGGACCUACCUAAGACUUGCAGGCAUAGCAAUGGAGAACUUGAAUGUCCUACUCCCAGACCUUACUGAAGAGCAGCAAGACAUUUUCCAGAGGGCUUUUGCUGCUGAUGCCAGUUACUUGCAGAAUCAUGAGAAAACGAACGAGUCCUUCUGGGAAUCACUUGUAAAAUGUUUAGCCACUAUUGACCCACCUGUCCUGAGUACUGAAGAAAAGAACAAUCUCCUCAACGGCUGCAGUGUCCCACCUGCAGCCUGUGCAGCCUGCCUGAGAGCCAUAGAGGAGGAAGGAGUGAGGGCCAUGGCUGUUCUGUACCUCUUGCUGAAGACAAGGAACCCAUCUGGAUACAGGCAGCUGCCCAGCUCUAAGGGAAAGGAUGAUAAACUGAAACUCCUGAAGAGAUUAGAAAGGAAUCUUGUGCAUUCACAAGGGGAUAAAAAGGCUGAAAACUCAUCCCAGGAGUCCACGGAUGAAGAUACACAAGACAGUGAUGGGGAAGAUUUAGGAAGACAGAAGACUGAAGGCCAGUUACUUGGAGGUGUACCAGCAGAGGUCGUUCCCUACAGAGAUUCAGAGAUUACCAGAAGAGAAGAUUCAAUUGCAGAUGCAUAUGACGAGAACACUCGCCUCCAUCAGUGGACAGUUCGGUGGAUGGGCAUACGGAAGGAUGAUGAAUUCUUUCAUUUUGUAAUUCUUUGCUUUGCAAUUGGAGCUUUACUAAUUUGCUACUACUACUACAAAGAUUGGACUAUUUCCCUUGGAACUGGUUUGGUCACCUUUGCUUCCCUGGAAACCACCGGGAUAUACUUUGGUCUAGUGUACCGGAUUCGGAGCGUACUUAACGGCCUUGUUCCUCUGAUUGACAAAUUCAGGCCUACAGGUAUGAGGAAGGCUGACUAGGAGGAGUAUUUCAGGAGAGUUCCACAGAACCCUGCUGUCUGAAUUUCUAGUAUUAAAAGAGCUGCUUUAUAAGAUGAACACAGAAACCUAAUGGCUAAUGUGAAAUAACAAAAUGUUAAACCAUAGAAAGACAUCAUUCCGUCCCCACAAAAAUAAAGCUGAAACUUCGGUACAGGG